AUGCCUCUCUCAGCGCCUGUGGCUAAGUUGCAUGCCUCGCCGCUGUUCACGGUGCUGGUGGUCGUGUGGGUAGCAUGCGGUGCAGUGACAGCGGCGUGGCUACUGUGGGACCGGCACUCGCAGUACGAGAGGCACAGAGAGGAGGCGCUGGGCGUGUGGUGCAAGGAGCGCGCCCUCAUGCUGCAGCAGCUCGUGCUGGCCCACGCGGGGCAGAUGCAUCUGCUCGUGCGGGCCAUGCUGGGCAAAUGGAGACUCUUGGCGGGGUUGACCUCUGUGAUGGGAACGCCAGGGCUUGGGGGCAAGUUGGACAUGGGCGGGCGUGUGUGUACUCUUGCAGGGCUGAUUUCGGUGAUGGGCAAGCCAGGGCAAGGGAGCAAGUGGGAGAUGGGCGGGUGCUUGAAUGGCAGCAUGUGGGGGUCGUUCCUCACUCGCACGGCACAAACUCGCCCGGGGAACACGGGUGCACUCGCGUGUGCGGUGGUGUACGAUGCAGAGAGGGCGGACUUUGAGAAGCAGUACGGCAGCAUCAGAGAUAACACGCUGAUCGUCAGCACCCGCCGCCCCAUCUACUGCCCAAAGAUUUUCGAACUCACAACACUCUUUGCCACCAACGGCCCCAGCAACGUCGACAUGUCUCAGCGAUUCUACUCUUUUCACUCUCUGGUGGAGGAAGGCAGACACUUCUACACCUGGCCCUACCCACUCGCUAACCCCCUCACCCAUGCUGGAUUCGGUGUCGCCUUUCCUCUCUGCCGCAGUGUCCCCACCAACCAGCCCAUUAAGGCAAGGCAAUCAGCAGCAGCAGAAGCACCACACAGAAUGCUUGGUGUUCACAGUGUCAGUUUUCCUCUCCGCCGCAGCGUCCCCACCAACCACUCGAGGCAAUCAGCAGCGGGACCAGUGUACGGGUCACUUGCUGCUUCCGUUGACGUGACUUACAUUGCUCAGAAGGUCCUAGAGGAGCUCUAUGAACCUGACCCAUCCAAGUCCUUUGAGCUAUACGACAUCACCGACCCAGCCACCCUCUUCGCCAUUGUCUCUCCAGUCCCCCCCCAUGCCUAUUUCCGCCCCGACGACAAGCUCCCCUACAUGCACCCCUCCCCGGAGUCCGAAACCCGCCCCUGGGAGCAUAGAGCCGUGGUGCCUUUGGAGGAGAUGGGAGCAGGCGUGCGCAAAUAUGAAGUCUGGUGCAGGCACACCCAGCCUUCCAACUUGUGGCAAUCGUGGGGCGUCCCCAUCCUCAUCGCCCUCUUCGCCCUCUUCCUCGUGCUGCUCGUGCUGCUGGCUGCUUGUCUGCAACGCGCCAAGUUCCUGCAGACCCAGCAGCAGGUGGCGGAAGCGGAUAGGCUGAGACGGCAGGCGGAGCGUGCAGAGGUGUCUAAGAGCAUGUUUGUGGCGUGCAUGUCUCAUGAGCUCAGGACACCGAUGAUUGGGAUCAUUGGCACAGCAUUCCUGCUUCAUUCAUGCACGUCUGCCGCGUCUGCUGCAUUCCUGCAGUGCAGCCCCUGCAUCUUAUGGGGAAUGCAGAUCCAGCAGCAGGUGGCAGAGGCCGAUAGGCUGAGACGGGAGGCGGAGGGCGCAGAGGCGUCUAAGAGCAUGUUUGUGGCGUGCAUGUCUCAUGAGCUCAGAACGCCCAUGGUUGGGAUCACUGGCUUGCUUGAUGCUCUGGCAGAUAUGAGCCUGAGCGCCUCUCAGUUCGCAGAUCUCCUCAUGGCCGGGGCAUCAGCAAGAGAUGCACUGCAUCUGGUCAACCGCGUGUUGGACCUGGCGAAGCUGGAGGCAGGCAAGGCGGUGGUGGAUGAGACGGUGAUUGAUGUGAGGGAGUGGCUGGAUGCCACGUUGCACUGGCACGCGGAAGAAGCGCGCUCCAAAGGCAUCGAAUUGAGCAGCAGUGUCAGCACGGAUUGUCCCUCGCAUGUCAUUGUGGACCCCUUGCUCCUCAGCAAUGCGCUCAAGGAGAUCACAGAUAACGCUGUCAAGUUCACGACACAAGGCCACGUGACAGUGCGGGUGUCCCUCAUGCCGCAAGGGACAAGCUUGCAAGCCACCCUUUGCUACCAGGCUCCUUCCUUUGACAUGUCUGUCUUCACUCUUCCAGGAGUCGCGGGAGCCAAGGGAAGCGAGGAGUGGGUCAGGGGCAGCACUGGGGCUCGUGUUGGUACAGCAAACGGCAUGCGUGCAGGCACAGGAGCAGUUGCAGGUGCUGCUGCUGCCGCUGGUGCGGAUGAGGCGGUGACGCGGGCGUGGGUGGGGGGGCUGCGAGUGCUGGUGGUGGACGACACGCCCGUCAACCUCCUCGUGGCCCGCCGCUCCCUCGCCCGCUGGGGGGCGCUUGUGACCACCGCCAACCAUGGGCAACAAGCAGUGGACUUAAUCGCUGCUGGCUUGCAGGAGAGCUCCCUCGCCCGCUGCGGCACCCUCGUCACCACCACCUCUAUUGGGCUGGAGGCGAUUGAGUCGAUUGCUGCUGGCCUCAUCUCCUCCGCCUCCCACGGGCAGCAGGCCAUUGACCCGCUCGCUGCUGGGUUGGUGGGGUGUGGGGGAUGGGAGGAGGAAGAGAGAGGGCAGCAGGCAGUUGGGGAGGAGGGAAGACAGCAGCAGGAGGCGAGAGGGGAACAGGAGGCGAGAGGGGAGAAGGAGACGAGAGGGAAAGAGGAGGGGAGAGGGAAGCAGGAGGCAAGAGGGCAAGAGGAAGGGAGAGGGAAGCAGCUGGCGAGAGGGCAGGAGGAAGGGAGAGGGAAGCAGCUGGCGAGAGGGCAGGAGGAGGGGGAUGCGUCCUUGCAGCAUGGCUUCGAUUUGGUUCUCAUGGACUUGCAGAUGCCGGGCAUGAAUGGCUUCGCAGCAGCAGCAGCCAUACGAGCUCUUGAGAGGAGGAUGAGGUUUGAAACAAUUUCACGGGCACAGAAAAGGCAGCAGCAAACCCCUUCUGCUCUUUGCAUCCCUCUCCUAGAAGCUUCAAACCCUGCUGCUGCUGGCACUGGUGUUGGUGCUGUUGCUGCUGCUGCUGGAGGUGAUGGUGGGUGGGUAGGGUCUCUGCGGGUGCCCAUAGUGGCUCUGACAGCAGACGUGGAUCGCAGAGUGGUGCAGAGGUGUGCAGAAGGGGGGUUUGACGGUGUGCUGCAGAAGCCAGUGGAUGCCUACCUGCUUGCCGCCCGCCUCGCCCAGAUGCACUCCCAGAGGUCACUCCUACAGAUCAUGCCACACCCCAAUACUGGCAUCCCACCACAAACAGACACCAUCGAUGCAGCAGCCAGUGAUUCUUUUGAAUGCUGA